GUGAUUUUACUAUGGUUUGGGGUUCCACGAUCUCUUUUUUUGAUAUCAAGGCAUGAUUCAAAAUAAAAUGUAAAGAUUUGAAAUCUUAAUUGUUUUAGAUUAUCAUGACUGUUUUUAAACUUGUCUACCGUUGUACCAUUUGAUGAACAUGUCAUAAAUAAUUGUCAUAGUUCUGAAUUGACUACAGAUUUCAGAAUCUAGUGUACUGGGUCCGGUCAAAAUUGUUGUGGUGUCAUCAAGUGUUAUAUUGCAUAACUGCAAGUAAAACAGAUAAUUUUGCAUAUCUCAGUGGUGUGAUGUUUUAUUGUCUUCAACGUCUAUGACAAAAUAUAGAGAUCAUUUGUUUUAAAAAAUGUUGGGACAUGAUACAUCAUUAAGAAGCUCAAUUCUAGCCAUAAUUCAUCACUUGGUCCUGGUCGUUCAUAGUUCUUACUUCUUCUGCUACACUUCUUCAGAUUUAUUUAUUUUUGUAUGCCAAAUAAUGAUUCUUAAUUUGCUGAUUUCUUAUAUACUCAAUAUAGGCUAUUUUAUCAACCCUGAUCCAAUUCUGUCGAACAUUGUUAUUUUGAAAAUUGACUGUCCUGUCAGAUAUAUUUUAUAUUUCUUCAGUCUUAAUCAAUAUUCCUAAUUCUUAUAUGAAAACAUGAGUGCUGACUUCAAAGAGGUGAUCGAGAAUCAUCCGAUUUUCAAAACAUUGGUUGAAGAAAAUGCUGAAGUUGAAAACAUAUCACAUAGAGCUGACCAAUUAAUGCAUGUGCAAGAUGGAUUCCUCUAUGUAUGGAGUAAUAAAGAGAGCUGCUUUUAUGUUACCAACUUGAGGAUGUCAUUAGAUAUUGAAGAGCCAGGUGUUCAGAAAUUCUCGUGCUCACCUCCACCGAUGUUUGAAGUACGAAGCAUUCAAUUUAAUGAAUCUGGGACUUAUGUAGCUCUGAUUGGUUCAAGAGGAAUAUCAGUCUUAUGUUUGCCGCAGAAAUGGAAAAAUCCAGAUGAGGAGAAUUACACCCAGUUUUGCAAAUGUUUCCCAGUUGCUGAAAGGUUCUUCACCACAUGUAUAAUGGUGCAGUUGCGGCAAGCCUCAUGGCAUCCUGGAUCUCCAAAUCACUCUCAUCUUGUUGUGCUAUUAUCGGAUAAUACAGUGCGUAUUUAUGAUGUCACAGCAGAUAACCAAACACCCACACAAGUUCACAAACUAGGUCACAGCAACAUCGGAUCUUCUAGGUUUUCUCUAGUCUCUUCAGCAUUCUCAAUAAGUUCUGCCAUUGGUGAGACUGCGGUUUCAUUCUCAUUUGCUCCUCCUGUGGAAGUGCAAGAGAAAAGAAAGAAAAUUUUACAAGCCAGACGAGCUGACAAAGAUGAACCACCUACUGUUCUUCUUUAUCCUAUAUAUUUAUUACAAGGCGAUGGAGAUGUGCUGUUGUUAUUAACAUCUGUGACUGACAACAGGUAUAGAAAAGGGUUAAUGCAUGGGCCUCUGACUAUGCAACCCCCUGCAGAAGACAAUUAUGGUGUUGAUGCUUGUUCGAUACUUGUUCUUCAUCACAAUCCCACAGUCAUUGCUAUUGCAACGGCAAGUGGUAAAAUUCAUCAUUGUGUCGCCCUUGCAACAAACUACGAUUCUGAUGAUGAUUUUACAGACACACAGUCAACUGCUUCAUGGCCUGCCUCAGUUCUUUCUGUUCAAUCCAAAGGACUAUCUGCUGAAUUUCCUGCUCCAACAUUGUUUGUUUAUGAAACUGUAGAAAUCGAUCUGGGACCAAAAGGUGAAGAAGAUGGAGAAGACUUUGAAUCAGAAAAUCAUACUGUUACCUUACAUUCCGAUCCAUUGUUAUAUUGUCGUUACCAUUGCUGCACUAGAGUGGGUGUUCAUGCUGUUGUUUUGCCAUGGAUUGAUAAAUUAACAGAGUUUUUUGAAGCUGCUGACGAGGAUAAAGAUAACUUGAAUGAAAUAGCUCAAGAUCAACCAUGCAUUGUCGAACAUAUAGUCUGUACUAAACCAACUCCAUCAAGUGCUCCUUGUUUAUUAAAAGGUUUCACAUUUGCAACAAAUCCACUAUUUGGGCCUUCUCUACUUUGCCUAACUGCUGAUAAUCAUUGUAUGGCUGUUCCUUUAUUAACUAUUUUCAAGCCAACACCACCUCCACUGCCUUCAUAUGAUGACGACACUAUAGUUCCACUUACUUCAGACAAUGAUUCAUCCAUACAGACUUCAACGAUGAAUCUGAUGGAUUUCCAAGAUCAUAUAAGGUCUAUACUCCAAAGAGAUUCUUCUCAACCUAUUUUGAGGUAUGAGGCAUCUUCAAGGGAUACGGUAAUGGACACUGAAGCUAGUCGUCUCAUAGGUAGAGUAACUCAAAUACUGAGGAAAGAAUAUAUUUUGAAACAAAAAAUUGCUCAAGAUGCUAUCAUGAAACGAGCACGGUUACUAGCACAGCAGAAGCAACAACAAUUGAAUGAUCUGGAUAAGCUCAAACAAAAAAGGUCGGAUUUGACGAAAACUGCUGAACAACUUGCGGAAAAGUUUGAAGAUUGUGUUGAUCAGCAAGAAAUAUUGUCAGAAAGACUAGCUAGGGUUCUAAAACAAACUCAGUCCAAGGUUCCAGUUUUGUCAAAGGCUGAAAUUGAAAUGUCAAAAGAAUUAAGAAAUAUAUCAGAUAGAAUGAAACACUUGGAAAACAGGAUCAAACAAGUUAAGACCAAACACGACUAUCAAAACAAACAGCACUUUGAGGAUGAAAAAUUAAACAGCACAAGAAGGCAAAGAACUCCAUCCGUUGGAAGUUCUGUACAAGUACAAAAAUUCAAAGAUAUUUUGUUGGAAGAGGGUCAGAAGAUUCAAGAUUCUGUUAAAAAAUUGAACAGUAUGAAGGAACUUGUUGAUUCAUGGUGAAUGAUCAGACUGCAAUUCAAUGGUAUCAGAGACUAUGAAGUGAAGUCAGUAGACGUGGUGUUGCAACGAGUUGCUAUAAUGAUGCAUUUCUCUCGUUUGGACUUACUUAAAUAACUUAUUUUUCAUAUUUCGACACUUUAUUGUUCAAUAAAUAUUCUCACUGACAUAUA